UCUAAACGUUUUUCUUAAUCAACGUGCAAGUCCUUGUUAUCAGUUGUAUUCGGACAUAUCGGAGGUUGUUCUAGUGAUAUUUGAAACAUUUCGGAAAACAGUGUAUAGUGUACAGAAAAGGGAUCAACUCUAAGGACCGUCGAUCACGGACCUGGAGGAAGCUGGAGACUCCGAGUUCGAGAGUGACAAGAUGCGAGGGAACUGGGACACGGCGGAGCCUCUGGUACACGCGCCGAAUCAGCAACUUCAACAACAGCAACAAACCAUUGUCGAGGAGCAACGCCAUCCCCUCCAUUCGGCAACCACGCCCGCUUGGGGUAUCACCGAUAGAAUCGUGAAGGUGGAGCCGAUAGAGGACAAGAACAACGACUCGGGCGUGUCGCCUGACCAUUACACGAGCAACUCCGUCUCGCCUAGGAGCAGACGAUCGUCGUCCACGGCGAACUGCAGCCUGUCGCCGGGAAGCGCGACUUCACAGGACUCGAACAACAUGCAGUGCAGCACAUUCGACUACAGUCCGCAGAGGAUGUUCAAGACCUGCGGCUCGCCGCUCGAGUUCACGCGACAUCAUUCGAUGGACGAGCAUCAGUCGGAACAAACGAUGGACGUUGUUUCGAGCACGGUGAAACCAUCCAACGAAGAUGUCGAGCUCGGUCAGGACAUCUUGCAAUGUCCUAUCUGCGCCUUUAGCACUGUGAACAGGCUACAUUUCACCGAGCAUCUGGCCACGCACUGCACGACGAAAUGCGAGAUGCCAGAAUUCGUAAAGAGCGUUCUCGGUCAGCUGACCGCUUCCGGAUCGAUCCAGGACGACAACCGAUCGUCACCGACCCAAGGCGAACGUUCCGAGCACGAGUCUGAAGAGGCCGACGAGCCAGGUCUUCGUGUGCCACGGGUCAAUUCUCAGGGCAAGGUGAAGACGUUCAGGUGCAAACAGUGCAACUUCGUGGCGAUCACGAAGCUGGAAUUCUGGGAGCACAGCCGUGGCCACAUCAGGGCCGAGAAACUGUUGACCUGUCCCAAGUGUCCGUUCGUGACCGAGUACAAGCAUCACCUGGAGUAUCAUUUAAGAAAUCACUUCGGUUCGAAGCCGUUCAAAUGCGACAAGUGUGCGUACUCGUGCGUGAACAAGUCGAUGCUGAAUAGCCACUUGAAGUCCCACUCGAACAUCUAUCAGUACAGAUGCGCGAAUUGUUCGUACGCCACCAAGUAUUGUCACUCGUUGAAGCUUCAUCUUAGGAAGUACUCGCACCAACCGGCGAUGGUGUUGAACGCGGACGGUUCACCGAAUCCUUUGCCUAUCAUCGACGUCUACGGGACACGACGUGGCCCGAAGCAGAAGCCGAUGAAAUCCGAUGUCGAGGCCAGCCCGAACGGUAACGUCGCGAUCAACAACAACUCGCAGACGCCCACCUCGUAUCCACCGAUGGUGGUCACCCCUCAGAUAUCGCCGGUCAGCCAUCAUCUACCCAUGAAUCUCAUGAACGGUCUGAACGAGAUGAACGGGGUCAGUCAACCUGUGAAUGGUUUAAACGGAGUAGCCCAGAAUCAGUCCAUGAUGACGUUCCCUUUCAACCAGCUAUUCGGAGGUUUCCCUAUGGGCAAUUUCCCCGCCUUUGAAGACACCACCGCUGAAAAACAGUUGGAUCGACUGAAGUCCACCGCGUUGAUAGACUACAUGAAGACGAUCGACGGUGAAAGGAUCAAAGAGGAGUUCCCUCAGGACCUAGCAGUUCGGUAUCUCGGUACGACCAGGACACCCAAUGACACCGUAAACGGACUAUCGAACAACGAUGUUCCGAAAAUAACCGAAAUUCUCUCGACACCCACUUUGCCGACGAGUCAGGAGUCACGUCCGGAGACAAAGGUGAUUCCAUUGGACCUGAGUAAACCUAACGCGACCAGUAACGUUCCGAACCGACCGAUCACGAAUUCCCCAAAAGCGACGGGGACCAGCAGACGCAAGGGUAGAGCGGUGAAGCUUGAUCGCAGGGUGGUUGAAGAGGACACCGACGAGGAACAACAGCAACAACAACAGCAACAACAAGAGCAACAACAACAGCAACAGCAAAAAUACGAAGAACAAGAAGACAUGUUCGAGCCCCCGGCUGCCAGUAGUCCAGGCUCUCGAGAUUGCAACGGAGACCGCGCGUUCGGCGUGAGCAACGAGUUCACCUGCCAGUACUGCGAGAUCGCGUUCGGUAACGUGGUGAUGUACACCGUUCACAUGGGUUACCAUGGAUACAAGGACCCUUACAGGUGCAACAUGUGCGGCCACCAGUGCACCGACAAGGUGUCCUUCUUCUUGCACAUCGCCAGGUCGAAGCACGCGUAGCUCAAGGAACAAGGGACUCGGUCCUUCUGGAAAUUGGUAGCCGUGGGCUCUCGGGGCACAAUACUGCACCGACAUAUCUGCGUGUUCAGGAUACGAUGCUCGUUCGAG